AAUACGAAAUUAGCUGCGGACACCCACGAAAUCGAAAGCCCCCACUGCCCUCGCUUCCUCUCGCCAGAACCCCCAAUCAGCAAACCCCACCGCCGCUCCGGCCCGGCGGAGUCCCCUCGACCCGCGGCGGCCGGCGAUGGACCGGAUCCACGUCACCGUGCGCGCGCGGCCGCUCCCGCCGGAGGACGCGCAGAGCAGCCCGUGGCGGAUCUCCGGAAACGCCGUCGCGCUCACCGCCCAGCCCUCCAUUCGCUUCGAAUUCGACAGGAUUUUCGGCGAGGACUGUCACACGGCGGACAUCUACGGGGCCCGCACCAAGCACAUCGUCGACUCUGCCGUGCAAGGGUUCAACGGCACUGUUUUUGCAUAUGGACAAACUAACAGUGGAAAGACCUAUACAAUGAGAGGAUCUGCUAAUGAACCUGGAAUAAUACCGCUUGCGGUUCAUGAUUUAUUUAGAACUAUACAGCAGCAUAUGGAUAGAGAAUUUCUUGUCCGCAUGUCUUAUAUGGAGAUUUAUAAUGAAGAAAUAAAUGAUCUUCUUGUCCCAGAACAUCGAAAAUUGCAGAUUCAUGAGAAUUAUGAGAGAGGCAUAUAUGUUGCUGGCUUAAGCGAGGAAAUUGUAACCUGUCCUGAACAAGUCUUGAAGUUUGUGUCAUUUGGAGAAUCCCACCGUCAUAUCGGGGAGACAAAUAUGAAUGUCUACAGCAGUCGUUCUCAUACCAUAUUUCGCAUGGUUAUUGAGAGUCGAGAUAAAGCUGAUGACAGUGAUACAGAUUCUUGUGAUGCUGUUCGAGUUUCUGUUCUGAAUCUGGUGGACUUAGCUGGUUCAGAACGUGCUGCAAAGACGGGUGCAGAAGGUGUGAGACUUAAGGAGGGUUCCCACAUUAACAAAAGUCUAAUGACUCUCGGAACAGUAAUCAAGAAACUAAGUGAAGGCAUAAAGGGCCAGGGGGGGCACGUUCCUUACCGAGAUAGUAAGUUGACAAGGAUAUUGCAACCUGCUCUGGGUGGAAAUGCUAACACAGCUAUCAUUUGUAAUAUAACACUUGCACAGGUCCAUGCAGAUGAGACUAAAAGCAGCUUGCAAUUUGCUAGUAGGGCAUUACAUGUUACAAAUUGUGCAGAAAUCAAUGAGAUUUUGACGGAUGCCGCUCUUUUAAAGCGCCAAAGGAAAGAAAUAGAGGAACUUCGAGCAAAACUCAAGAACUCUCAAAGUGAACACUUGGAUGAAGAUGUUUUGCACUUGAGGAACACCCUGCUACAGAGUGAACUGGAAAAAGAGAGAAUUGCUUUAGAGUUGGAGGAGGAAAGGAAAGCUAAAGAGCAACGUGAGAAGAGGUUGCUUCAGCAAGCAAAGAAAAUCGAAAAUCUUAGUUCGUUGGUUUUAAAUUCAGAGAGAGAUGAUAGGGCUAUUGUUUCCAGUAAGAACAAAAGAAGGCAAACAUGGUGUGCUCGACCCCUGUCGAAUGAAUUCAGUGUCGAGGUUCAAGAACCUGCUUCUGAACAAUGCUCUGCAAGCAGCUCAGUUCGUGACGAGCGUAACAUGGGGAUGCCCCCAUGUUUUGAAGAGCUAAUGCAAGAAAGCUACGCCAGCAAUGGCGAGCCUUCUGCUCAUGGCUGUUCAUUCAGUGAUCUAUCGAAUGAAGAUGUUUCUCUUCCCGAUGCACAUGCUUUGUUGCAUGUUACCAGCAGAAGAAAGCCAAAUACAAUGAAGAAAUCAGAUCAAGAGCAUCUUAGGGGUUCAGUGCCUGAACUACCCCAAGACCCUAAUGAGCGGAAAGAUGCCAUGCUAAGUCAAGAACCUAGUGGCUUAUCUGCUCGAGAGUCCGAGGCAAUUCUUGUCAUUAAACAACUUCAAGACCAGGUAAACUCGCUGGAGUUAGAGAAGAGUUUGAUUCAAAAUAACUUGGACGAUGUUCUGGAGGUGGCAACGCAGCAGAAGACUUCUUUCAGUGAGAAGUAUGAAGAGCUUCAGAAGAAUGCUCUGGCGGCACAAGAAGAGGCAAAAAUUGCUGGUGAGAAGCUAUCAGCUCUGGCUACUAUUGGAAAAUCCAAACAAGAAUUAGCAGAUGAAUUCCUCAGCAACGUGUCAAUGGAGACUCAAGGAAUAUCUGUGCAGAUGGAUCAAACAACCCACUCAGUCGACAAUGCUAUUUCUUUCAUUGAGGAACUCUUUCAGAGUCUGUCUGCGAUUGCAGAGAACGUAACUGAAUUCAAGCAGUCUGCUUAUGGGCAUAUAAAACAAUCCAGUUGUGUGAUUAUGGAUCAUGAGAAAAUGUCAAAAACAUUGAUGGAGAAAGUCAGCAGACUUGAAUUGGAGAAGAAGCUGCUACACGAACAGUUCCUUAAUCAACAGGAUGAACUUCAGAGGAUGAAGUCCAGUCUGGAAAGCUGUGAGAAGUCCAAGGAUGAUUGUAUUCUUCAACAUGAACUUGAGAAGGAUAACAUUCUCUCAGAGCUUCUAACUCUCCAAAAGGAAGUCUCGACCUUGUCAUCAUCUUCCUUGAUGAAAGAAAAGGAGUCUAUCAGAAAGGAACUUGAAAGAGCGAAAACAAAGUUACGAGAGACUGACAACAAGCUGAAGAAUUAUGUUCAAGAAAAAAUUAAACUUGAGGGUGAAAAAGCAGAGGCACACAGGGAAAUAAAGAAGUUACAAAGCCAGAGGACCCAUCUUGAACGUGAUUUAAGGAAACAUGAUUCUGUCACUGUUGAUAAAAGACAUGAAUUGAAUGUGAAGCCAGAAGAACUUGCUGCGUUUUUUGAUCAAGCUGUGCAGUUGCAGGAGGAGUACCAAAGGCUUGAGAUUCAUGCUUCUGAUAUGGAAGAUGAAAUUGCUUCUUUGCAAGAAACUUUAGCUACCUUGACUGCAGAGAAGGAAGAAGCGCUAUCUAAAGUAGAGUUUAUGGUGUUGGAACAGGAAGAUCUCGAAAACAGGCUUACUUCCGCAGAAUCAAAGAUAAAAUCCUUGAACGACGAGAUUGCUGUAUUGACCAAAAAACUUGAGGAAUCUGAGUCUUUUGGUAGAAAAUUGGAGGCUUCUCUCAGUUCUAUAUCAAAGGAAAAAGAAGACUUGGGAAUGCAACUUACUGAUGUUCUUCUGGAAAUGGAAUCUGAAAGUUCAAUGUGGAUAGCCAAGGAGAAAGCAUAUUUAGAAACUAAGCAGCAAUUGGAUAUAUGCACUGAUGAGAAUAGUAAAUUAUCCGAAGAUUUGAUUAAGGUGAGACAAGAGCUGGUGCAGUGUAGAGAAUUGUUAAAAACUCUGGAAGACAAAAUGAUCCUUUCUGUGGAGCAUAACAUAAAUGAGGAAAAAUGCUGCAGGGAGAAUCGUGAAGAAUCAGAACAACUCGUGGAGAAAGGAAGAAACAUUGAUAAUGAAAAUGAACUUUGCAAGCAACUACAGCUUAUUUCAGAAGAACGUGAUAGCUUACUUUCUAAGAUGAAACAGAUGAGCUUAGUCAUCAAUGAAUUAGAAGCCUUAAAGGAGGUUUCUAAUAAUAAGCUACUACAGGCCAAAGCUAAUAUGGAUGAGUUGAGCUGUCAGAUAUCUGCCAUGGAGGUCAAGAUGAAACAUGAUGCUUCGACCCACAACAAAGAAAAAACAAAGCUUCGCAUGCAAAUCCGGUGGCUGCAACCAGAGCUCGACGCGAACCGCGCAAGGCUUAAAGAGGCAGUGGAAGAACGGGCGCUGAUGGAUGAGAAUUAUCAGGAAGCAACCGCCAUGCUGAAGGCAAAGCUGAGAGAGACGUGCCGUGAGGUCCUGAAGCUGAGAGAAGAGCUUAAACGACCAGAAGCCGCAUCAAACUGACGCAGUAACCUUUCUUCUUCGCAGCUACGUGCUCCUAACCUAGUUGAACCGUUUCACGUGCUGGCAGCGGCGAACAUUGCCUCAAUGCAGGUCUGACUCUUUCAGACUGGUGCCUGAGCCGGCUUCAUUAAGAUUGCCAGGUUGUACAGAGACCGUCGUAUUCCGGCCUGGACCGCUGGUGCCUCGUGCUGCUGAUAGCUUUGCCAGCAUUCCGCUCUGAACUUGUAAUACACUGUAUUUGCUUGUGGUCUAAUGAUUUGGGCUUGGAUAUGGACGGGUCAUGGGCAUCAGCCGUAGAGGUCGACUGGUACAGGCCGGGCUUCACUCGGUGCUGUAGACCUCUAAUUAGCCAUCCAGAUCGUGAAUCCAAAAUUUCAAAGAUCGUACGUUUAUGGUUCUUGGCCGCCCUGGGCAUUAAAGGCAUGGUUGCAUGCUGAACAGGUUCGCAAGUACGUAUGCUCUUACUAGGCUGGUUUAUUGGUUGAUCCUGAACAUGUAAUGUGAUCAUCUAUAAUGGUGAUUAAGCAUCUGAA